AUGGCGGAUGCAGAUCCGAGCCGGCGAAGAGCUGGUGUCUUUGAAGUGUUUUCUUGGGUCACAGGCGAAGGAGAAAGUGACAGCGAUAGUGACUUUGAUAUGCCAAAUGAUGGCAGUGAUUCAGAAUUCGAUGUCAUUGAUAAUUUGAGUUCAGAUUCCGAGGGAAAUGGCCGAAUUUCGGAUGCAGUGAGGGAAGAUGGGGACGGACAUGUUUUGGUGAGGAGCGGCGAUUGCGAGGCACAAAAUAACAUCACAACCUCCGAUAACCCGUGGAUUAUCGUACAGGAGCCGGAAAAUGAGGAUCAUUUGGAUAUACAUGUACCAGACUUUUCUGUGCGACAUCCUGGUCCUAGAAAUGCACCUGCUAGAAACUCUGACCCAAUAGAAUAUUUCAGUUUGUAUUUUGACGAGGACAUGUUUGUUCAUUUGGUUCGAGAGACAAAUGCAUACGCAUGUAAUUUUCUAAACGAGCCCAGCACUGUUCACUGGAUUGACACUCGCCAAGCCUCACGUUUUAAGAAAUGGCCAGAAAAUGGGAUAGGAGUGGUGGAAAUGAAAAAAUUUCUGGGGUUGUGCAUAAACAUGGGACUGAUUCGAACUGCGGGUAAGGAGUUAAAUGUUGUCUACGAUGAUGGCCAAGCUCACGGCGUUGUCAUGAGACUGAUGGAAGUUUGUAACCUCCUUAACAAAGGGUACCAUUUGUUUACGGACAAUUUCUAUACCAAACCAAAGCUGGCUGAAGCUCUUUUUGAGCAGAAAACACUGCUCACAGGAACUGUGCGUGUAAAUAGUAAAGGGCUUUCAAAGGACGUCGCCAAUGCCAGACUACAGCCAGGUGAAACUCUGUAUGCAAGGAAAGACAACAUUUUGACUGUUACUUUUCGGGAGAAAAAAGCCAGAGGAAACCAGAAUGUAGAGAAGGAAGUCCGAGGCAAGGUGAAGCAGAAACCAGCGAUGGUGUUUCACUACAACGUUCAUAUUGGGGGAGUAGACCUCAGUGAUAAGAAGAUCUGUCACAUUGCAGCUGAGCGUCCGACACAUCGCUACUGGGUCAAAAUUUUCAGAAACCUACUUGACAUAGCAAUUUUGAACUCCUAUGAAGUGUACAAGCUCAACACUGAUCGAGAAAAAAUGUUAGACAAGCACGGUUUUGUUGUGGCAAUUGUUGAGUCUCUCUGUGGCAGUUUGGAGAAGCAGCCGCCUGCAACGCCCCCUGCUCCAGAGCAUCACCUCAAACUUCUUGAUGGAAGGAAAGAGAGAGACUGUGUGGUGUGUAGUGACCGAUAUAGUGAUGGGGUGAGAAAGCGAUCACGGCAUUGGUGCCCAGGGUGUAACGUUGGAUGUCACGCAAACUGUGAGCCAAAUCUUGAACAUUACCCGAGACCUGCACGCGUCGGUCGAAAACGACGUGUCGCUCCAGGGGUACUCGAUGAGCGCGAAAUGUAACUGUAAAUUAUUGUAACACAGUGUUACAAAGUGUGUAUCAUACAGUGACUUUGAAUAAGAAUUCCCUGAAUGACUGAUUUCAUUACAGAACAUUAUACAUGAUGUUGUCAACAUGAACUGAACACUGAAAUGACAAAAACGAACAAAUGAUAGUAUGCGUAAUUGUUUUAUUUGGCCAAUAACUGAGGAAAUAUGAAGUAUUUUACAUAAAACCUUGUGAUUUUCUGAAAGCUGAAUACAUUUCCUACAAAAUGAGUAUGUCUGUUUUUCAAUUUGGGCAAGCACUAAGGUGUGAUGAGGGUUGGUAACCUCAUGGUAUUAAUUAUUCCAUAAUAAACGAGGCGGCCAUCUUGGAUCACAUGACCAUAUAGGGGGCGCCACCGUACCAAACUAUAGCUUAUUUUGUAGUCCGGGUUAUAUGCUUCAUAAAUAUGUAUAAUAUUAUGGGCUUCCAAAAGCUGCCUGGAAUAAGAUGUGGUCUCAAUGAGAUGUGUACAUUUAAAUAUGAAUACUUUGCCAUUUAGCCAUAAUACAUACUGCCAUAUAUAGGGUUAAUGAAUCCUGUAGUGUUUGGUUGACACUUUACAGUAUUUUCCAUAAGAUAUGAAUACAUUCAUACUAAUAUUUUAACAUUCCAGUAAUGUUAACAAGAGUUGGUCCCUUACUAUCAAUGCCCUUCACAGCAAACUGUCCCCUUUUGUGUUCAGACUGGAUUCACACACAAGCCUCUAUAUUGUGAUUUCUGGACAUGGAAUCUCAUGACAUUAUUCACAUAAACAUCUUGUAUGAUAGAUAUAAAUGGAUGGUGAAAGUUAGUCCCAGUAUACAUUUAGACCUAAGUUUAUUCC